AUGUUAGUUAAAGCGACAUUAGUUAAAGCGACAUUAAUUAAAGCGAUAUUAGUUAAAGUGAUGUUAGUUAAGGCGAUGUUAGUUAAAGCGACAUUAGUUAAAGUGAAGUUAGUAAAAGCAAUAUUAGUUAAAGCGAUGUUAGUUAAAGUGACAUUAAUUAAAGCAAUAUUAGUUAAAGUGAUGUUAGUUAAAGCGAUGUUAGUUAAAGCAAUAUUAGUUAAAGCGAUGUUAGUUAAAGCAAUGUUAGUUAAAGCAAUAUUAGUUAAAGCGAUGUUAGUUAAAGCGACAUUAGUUAAAGCGACAUUAAUUAAAGUGAUAUUAGUUAAAGUGACAUUAAUUAAAGCGACAUUAAUUAAAGCAAUGUUAGUUAAAGCGAUGUUAGUUAAAGCAAUAUUAGUUAAAGUGACAUUAGUUAAAGCAACAUUAGUUAAAGCAAUAUUAGUUAAAGUGAUAUUAGUUAAAGAGACAUUAGUUAAAGCAACAUUAGUUAAAGCGACAUUAGUUAAAGCAACAUUAGUUAAAGCGAUGUUAGUUAAAGCAACAUUAGUUAAAGCGACAUUAGUUAAAGCAAUAUUAGUUAAA